ACAGGCGGGAAGAAAGGAUAGAAGCUGAGGAGAGCGAGCGCGUUGAGUCUUGAGGUGUAAAACUGGAAAGGUAAACAUGGCUUCAUCAACAUCAGAAUACACCAUUGGGGGGGUGAAAAUUAUGUUCCCUUGCAAGGCCUACCCUUCGCAGCUUGCUAUGAUGAAUGCAAUUGUGAGGGGCCUGAACUCCAAGCAACACUGUCUGUUGGAGAGUCCUACUGGAAGCGGGAAAAGCUUUGCUUUGCUCUGUUCAGCGCUGUCAUGGCAGCAGGCGCUCCAUGAAAAGCCACUUGAUGACUUGCCAGGCUCGAAGGAAUGCAAGAAGCCGGAGACCCCAGUGCUGUGCCGCUGUCGGUGCCAUGCUAAACUUGCAACCCAGGGCCAGGACAGUGCCGAGGGGGACCAAGGCACUUCUUAUUCCUUCACCAACAGUGGAACAGAGACACCUACAACCAGUGGAACCACGUCAACAAACAAAGUGGACAUCUCAAAACACACACUCGCUUCCAAACUGUCUGCAAAGAAGCAGGCAUCUUUACAUGAAGGCGAAGACGAUGAUUUCAAAGUGGACAGGAAAAGGAUUCGUUCACUAGAAACAGAUGAGCAGGUGAGGAAACGACACCGGCUGACCAAAGGUGUGCAGUUCGUUGACGCUUUGGAGGUUUAUCAGCAGCGGAAAAAGGAAGAAUUGACCGUGUCUUCUGGGGAAACUCUCCCUUUCUCUCUUAAAACGUUACAGCCUUCCAGCCCCUGCUCUCAGUGUUCCUGUUCUUCUGGUGAGGAAAAAGUCAAAGAUGCUGCUUUUGAUGCAAAGAAGAAAGAAAACGGAGGGAGGCCAUUCAUCCCCAAAAUAUUUUUUGGAACUCGGACACACAAACAAAUAGCUCAGAUUACCAGAGAAAUGCGGAGGACGGCGUAUUCAGGGGUCCGCAUGACCAUUCUUUCUAGCAGGGAACAGACUUGCGUUCAUCCAACAGUAUCUAGUUGCAGCAACAAGAAUGAAAAAUGUGUGGAGUUGCUGGAAGCAAAAAAUGGCACAACUUGUUCUUACUACCAUGGAGUCCAUAAACUUAGUGAACAUCACGUCUUACAAGCCACACGAAAGAAAUACCAGGCUUGGGACAUAGAAGACCUAGUGAGCCUGGGGAAGAGGCUACGUGCAUGUGCUUAUUUUGCAGCUCGGGAGCUUAUGCAGGAGGCUGAGAUUGUGUUUUGUCCCUACAAUUAUCUUUUAGAUUCACAAAUAAGAGAGAGUAUGGAGAUUAACUUGAAAAACCAGGUGGUAAUUUUAGAUGAAGCUCAUAAUAUUGAGGAUUGUGCACGGGAGUCGGCCAGUUACACUGUGACAGAAACUGAGCUCAAGUUGGCCCGAGAAGAGCUGGACACUAUGGUGAACAACAAUAUCAGGAGGGAAGACCAUGAGCCCUUGCGUGCUGUAUGCUACAGUCUGACAAAUUGGUUAAAGGAAACCUGUUGUCAGCUGGUAGAGAGAGAUUAUGAGACCUCCAGUAAAGUUUGGAGUGGAAGCCAAAUGAUGACAUUCUUUCACAACAUGGGAAUAACAAAUGCUACAUUUCCGAUCUUACAGAAACAUUUUGCUGCUGUUCUUGAAAAAGAAGAAAAAAUAACAUUGUUCCAUGGUCGUGAGGAACCUAUUACCAUUCCAGUUAUAAGCCCUUCAACUCAGAUUGUCUUAAAAGGGUUAUUCAUGGUCCUGCAGUAUCUUUUUAAAGAGAACCAUAGAUUUGCUGAUGAUUACAGAGUCGCCUUGCAGCAAACCUACGUUUGGACCAACGAAAAUCCAGUUGAUACUCCAGAUAAGAACGGUUUCUUUGCAAGACCAAAAAGAAGAUCGCGACACAAAAUGGCAGUGCAUACGCUCAACUUCUGGUGCUUGAAUCCAGCUGUGGCAUUCUCAGACUUGAGCAGCAACGUCAGAACCAUCAUUUUAACCUCUGGGACGCUUUCCCCAAUGGACUGUUUUUCUUCUGAGCUUGGUGUGAAGUUUUCCAUUCAGCUUGAAGCAAACCAUGUUAUUAAGAACUCACAGGUGUGGGUUGGUACCGUUGGAGCUGGACCGAAAGGCAGGCCAUUGUGCGCUACUUUCCAGCACACGGAAACCUUUGAAUUCCAGGAUGAAGUGGGGGAGCUCCUCCUUUCAGUUUGUCAGACAAUCGGCCGAGGAAUUUUGUGCUUUUUACCAUCUUACAAGAUGUUGGAUAAACUGAAAAAUCGCUGGCUGCAUACUGGCUUAUGGGAAAAGCUAGAGCUGAUUAAAUCUGUCAUUGUGGAACCCAAAGGAGGCAACAAGGCUGACUUCGAUGAGCUGAUGCAAAUUUACUAUGAUGCCAUAAAAUGUAAAAACGGAAAAGACGGUGCGCUUCUUAUCGCUGUCUGCAGAGGCAAAGUCAGCGAAGGCUUGGAUUUCUCCGAUGACAACGCCCGCGUGGUGAUAACUAUAGGCAUUCCAUUUCCAAAUGUGAAGGACCUCCAGGUUGAGCUGAAGCGGAAAUACAAUGACCAGCACUCAAAAGCAAGAGGCCUUUUGCCGGGUAGCCACUGGUAUGAAAUCCAGGCCUACAGGGCUCUUAACCAAGCCCUGGGCAGGUGCAUUCGCCACAGGAGCGAUUGGGGAGCACUUAUUUUAGUUGAUGACCGUUUCAGAAGGAAUCCAAAUAAAUACAUAGCUGGGUUAUCGAAAUGGAUUCGCCAGCAAGUCCAACACCACGAAGACUUUGAUCGCGCCCUUGCUUCUUUGGAUACAUUUGCUAAAACAAACCAGAAGGAUUCUUCACCUCAGGGCAAUGACGGAUCCGUGCUCCUGCCUCCGAGUUCAAAGGAUCUGUCAUCAAGUUCUUUUCUGGAGGCAACUCUUCAUCUAUCACCAGGUGUUGGCGUUGAAAGAGGAGCGCAAGAUUUGGUCCUGGAAACACUUUCUGCCGCAGACGUCAUCGCAAUUAAUCCAACGACAUCCAGUCAGUCAUGUAACAUCUUCGCAAAGAAAAAGUAUCUUCAACCGCCUUCCCAGACAAUAAAGCAAGACAAUCUUAGAGAUUCCAAACCUCAAAACUCCACCACUGAACACGAGAGAGGAAAAGCAAAUAGUGGUCUUGUUUCCAGCAGUAUCAAAUGUUAUUUCAGUAAACCGUUGACUUCAACACCUCUGCCUACCCUGAAUAAGAACUACGCUUUCAAAACGAAAUGGGAACGAAAGGAAUCAGUGGGUAAAACUAGUGAGCCUGUUGCAAAUGGACCCCAGGAGGAUAUGUCAGUGGUUGAAGAAGACAAGCCAACCGGACUGAUGCCACAUAGGGAAACGAUUAGCUAUUCUCAUGGAAAAGCUAUCAGCUCAGUCAUUCAAGAACAUCCUACUGAACAGCAGCUCUGUGCUCAUGAAGACAGAGGGAAUGUGACAUUUUCUCCAGUGAAAGGAAACGUGGAACUUUCACCAUCAGUCGUAGCUGCAGAAACAGAUGCCGGCGAUGACAGUAUCUAUUUCACACCUGAACUUUACGACGCUGUUGAGUCAGUGGAACAGAAAAACGAAUUGCUAAGUCACACUUGCGGCAACACUGGGACUCCCUUUGAAACAGCAGACUCUAUUAUGGCUGGAGAGCUUUAUGGAACCAGUGCUCUAAACUUGUUAGAUGCAGCGGGCAAGAUUACAGUGGAUGCAGAAGCCAGUGCAGGGUGGCAUGGAUCCGUGCAGAGCAGUGAGAAUAAUGAAGGUGCGGUCAGAGCAGCUGGACAUGGCAGUAGCAUAGGUGACACUGAGCAGGAAAUUAAGAAAAAGAGCAGCAAACUUUCCCGAUCACGAAACAAAGGGCCGAAAGUGCAGCGAACAUAUAAGCGAAGAAUCAGGACAUCUUCUAGUAAGGGAGGUGGCCACACAAUUGACAGGCUUGGAUGCAAGCUUAUCUUUGAAUGCUAUCUGGAAUACGGACAAACAUCCUCUUCCCAGCUAUGUGCAAUGCCAAAACUAUGUCGUACGGCCGCCUUCUCCGAGUCCUCCAAUGGGGGCCGAAAUAACUCACCUUGGCAAGAGUUGUCCAGUCAUGGGCAGAUAAUCACCUUUCGGAGCCUGGAUCCUAUUGAGCUACUCUGUCGGCCAGCAAUGCCGGGGGAUCCGGCUCUCAAGGUGUCCCACAAGUUUGACCUAGAUGGCUCUUUGCUUUUCUCUGCUGCUUGGAAUGACAUCCUCUUCCUCUGUGGGGUCAAGGCCCAAGUGGUCCAUGAUGAAGACAAGCAAAGAGCGCCAGAAUGCUGUUUGGGGAAUGAAAAGAUGUGGCGGAACAACACCAAGAGCUGCACGAUUCUGCAAAAGCCCCUUUGA